UUCGUGUUUCGAAAGAUCUUGAAUCAGUUCGUUUCCGAUUUCGGCGCGGUGAGGGCGUGUGUUAGGAACUCUGAAAUUGAAAUUUUUCUAAUAUUUUGACGACGAAUUGUUUUAAAGCGGUUACUUGCAGGUGGCGCAGCAUCAUGGGCUGCAUGAUCGCGCGCCGGCUCGGCCUGAGCAGCUGCGCCAUGCUCUUUCUGUGCGGCGUGUUCGGCGGCUUCCUCAUGGCCGGCAUGAUGAUGAGCUCGCAGUCGCCGCCGCUGCCGAUGGCUCUCCCGAGGGAAGACGUGGAGUUCGGCUCGGCACGGGCCUCUGGUGGAGCGGCCUUUGACGGAACGGGUGGAGUGGCGAGCGGAGGAACAGGAGGAGUAGCCAGCGGCGGCACGGGAGGCGAGGAGGGCGACCGGGGCAGCCUGAGCGCGCCCUCGGCGCCACUGCCGCGUCCUGCUACUCGUGAUGAGCUGGAGACCUUCGAGCCGGUGAUCCGUGCGCCCCUCACCAACGUCAAAUCGCUGCCAGAGGGGAAGAUCCCGCGGCCGCGGUUCUACUCUCAGGAGCUGGGCACGCACCAGAAGCUGUACGUGGCGGUACUGACCUCUCCAGAGACCGUGCAGCGGGAGGCCACCUACAUCAACCACACGCUGGCGCACAUCACGUCCUCCAUCGGGUUCUACAUGAUCGGUGAUCCCGACACGGAGCUGCCCAAGAACCUGCACAAUGUCGUCAUCUUCCCGCAGGAGGACGGCACGGACAACCUUCCGAUGCGGACGGCCGAGUACGUGGCCAGCCACUUCGGCAACAUGUACGACUUCUUCUUCAUCGUGCGCGACAACACGUACGUGCGCGGCUAUCGGCUGAAGGAGUUGGCCGAGGACCUCAGCGUCAGCACGGAUGUGCUCCUCGGCGCGCGCCAACAGGACUCGUGCAGGCUCGACGGCGGCCUGCUGCUCUCCCGGCAGCUCCUGGUGAACACCGAACGAAAGGCCGAGUGUGAGGCCCGCCUGCAAACCUCUGCUCUGACUGGUGAUCAGGCGCUCAUCUCGUGUCUGGAGCUGCUGGGCGGUAUCCGCUGCACCGACCGCGCCCAGGGUAAAUGGUUCGUCUCUCAGGAGGCGCACCUGUACGACCCGUCUGCCGAGGGCGACCUACCGGGCCUAGUCUCCAUCCAGGCGGUUCACUCUGCCGCUGACCACAACCGGCUGCAUGCCGCCUUCUCACGGCUGGAGAUCGCUGAGAUUGACGAACGCAUCGGUCAGCUGCGCCGUGCACUGGAGGAUAACCAGAGGAACCUGCACGUGCUCAGCAGGGCUAAGGCUGGCGACGACUCCAAGGAGGAGUCCGGCGAGCCGGAGCCGCUGCCGUGGCCCACGGGCUCGCCGGCGCCGGUCCGCACGGCCAGCCGGCACCACAUUAACAUGUGGGAGCGCUUCUCCGAGACUGAGAUGUUCCUCCGAUCGGAGCAGCAGGUGGUCGACCCGCACACCGAGGUGGACAGACUGGAUAUUCAGGACGUGAUGGAGCUGGGCAUGGCCGAGCUGCGCAAGACAGCCCCUGUACAGCUGGUAAAACUCCGGGCCGGCUACCGACGCUUCGACGGCACCCGCGGCAUGGACUACAUCCUCGACCUGGAGGUGCAGCCCGACUCGGGCGGGGCUACCCAGACGCGUCGUGUCGAGGUGCACCGUCCUAUCCUGAAGGCCGAGCUGGUGCCGAUUCCGUUCGUCACCGAGAAACCCACCGUGUCCAUCCUGCUCUCCGUCCAGCCCCACCACGUGGACCGCGCCCACACCUUCGUCCAGGAGCUCAUCAACAAGAACGAGAACGUGGCGCUGAUGUUGUUCCUCGUCCCCGGAGACGCCGACACGUCUCUGUUCGAGCCACUCAGGAGACUGGUGAAGCAGGCCAAUGAGCGGCGCUCGGCGGCGGCGCACAGGUUCGAGGCGGUGGUGUGGCCCCACCGCGAGCCGCCGUCCCAGUUCGAUAUGGUGGAUACGGUGGGGGAACAGACGCGCGGCCGGUGGCAGCAGGCGCUGGUGCUGCUGCUGAGCGAGCCCGUCGAGUUCAACUCGGAGCUGCUGAACAGGGCUCGUAUGCAGACGAUCCGCGGCUGGGAGGUGUUCUGCCCCAUCCCGUGGGUGGAAUACUACCCGGCUGUGGGCUACUAUGGAACCACCAACCUGAGGCCCGACAAACUCGAACUGCGGAAGGACUACGGCCACUUCGACGGCGAACACUAUGCCAUCAUGUCGUUCUAUAUGGAUGACUACAAGAUCGUCCGUGAGCAGACGCUGGAUUCUGUACCGAUGGGAGUUCCGCGGGUCGGAGACAGCUCCAGUCGCCUCCCGUACGAUCUAUACGGCGCCUUCGUCAAGUUCUCCGGGCUGCACGUGCACCGCGCGGUCGACCCCAGCUUCCGCCUCUACUACUUUGAGCGCUCGUGCCCGGCGCCGGCGCUGUACUUUUACCAGAAGGCGUGCGAGAGUUCCCAGAUGCACGGACUGGGGCCGCACGAUAAGCUGUCGCGACUGCUGGCCGACUUCCGCCUGAUGCAGGGUGAAGACUCCCGGCACGUCAACGCCAUCUAGCGAGUGGACGACACUGCCACCUAGCGGCGGGGAGAGGCUUCUGCUCUGGGAUCGACAGUGACCAACGCCGUCUCUCACCCUAGCGCUUUGACGGAAUGUUUAAUGAGAAUUGAGAUUUCCACCCAGUAUGACUAUUUGUACUUACCUUGACAUGUGGAGUAAGCCGUUUUUAUAACUAUCUUGCUGACUCCGGUGUGUGCCAAUAAUGACCUGAAAUGUAUUUACCUUUAUUCCUACCGCUAUUUUAACGUUUUAUUUGUAAAUAUUUUGCGUUCGUCGCAUUCAAUGGUAGUUACUACUUAUCAUCAAGAUUUGGAACAUAUGCUCUCAUUUGUAUACAUUUCUCAUGUUUGAUAAAUCGUUUUUCUCUAAGACUUAAUGAAGUAAACCACUUAGAUCAAAAUGCUGGGGAUCAUAACGAUUGGAGUAUAUUAUUUUCAUUAUCUUGCGCCAGUUUAUAUCUCAACAUCUCAUUGUCUACCAACCAAUCUUUCGCCCUGUAAGUACAACUUCCCGUAUACUUUGCUAGUGUCUGCGGCUGUCUCCCCUGUACCUUGCUGCCUCUUAAACAUUUCAACUGACGAUCAAAAUGUGACUGAUGUGCCUUAUGCGUUUUAGCUAUUUAUUUCUUUUAUAUGGUUGACAUAGGAUGUUUAUUCCUUCUUAUCAGGUACUGUGUUCUACAUUCGCGAUAUCUUUAGAUGAAUUUAUGUCUAUGAUGUUGCGAUAUGUGAACUCGCCGUUUUAUUUGGCCAAAUAUACUUCCCGGAUCAUUA